CCAUGGAGGGCGGUGCCUUCAUCCUGGUCCUCGCCCUCGCCGUGGCCCCGGCAGAGAGUGUUGUUCCUGCAGAGAGGAAGUGCCAGCUCAGCGGACUGUGGACGAAUGACCAGGACUCACAGAUGGAGAUUUCAGUGUUGAGGGACAACGGGGACUUCCAUGGACAAUACCUCACACGAGUCACCCUCUCCGGGGGCUGUGCCCGAGUCUCCCCGCUGAGGGGUGCCCAGCAGCAGCUUGGAGGGGAGGGCUGGCCCACCUUUGCCUUCACUGUGCUCUGGGACAAGUUCUCCAAUGCCACCACCGCCUUCGUGGGGCAAUGCUUUGUGGAUGCAGGCGGAAAGGAGAUGCUGAGCACCACGUGGCUGCUGCGCGAAGCUGUCGGGUCCCUUGAGGAGGACUGGAAAGCCACGAGAGUGGGCAGAAAUGUCUUCACACGCAAACACACCCCAAAAGGAAAGAUCCUGCCGAAUUCGUCCCCUCUCUGUGAGGCUGUGUCUUUACCAGGCCCAUGA